AUGGAGACACCAGGGUUUCAAGAAGUCAUUGUCGUCGGUGCUGGGCCCGCUGGACUUUUGCUCUCUCUUCUACUGGCAAAGAAGGGUAUCUCUGUACAGACCUUGGACGCCGCCGACACGCUCGACUCGCGGCCUCGUGCUACGCACUAUGGCCCACCAGCGAUACACGAACUUAUUCGUGCAGGUGUUAUUGAUGACGUGCGAAAGCAAGGCUUCCUCCCACGGAAAGUGUGUUGGAGAAAACUAGACGGAACAUACCUUGCUGGCCUUGACGCAAGCGAUCUGAAGGGUGACGAUGACAUGCUCACCUGUCUUCCACUCGAUAAAUUGGGUAGAGUGCUCAGUGAUCAUCUCAAGGCACAGCCGACGUCAAGUCUUAAGUGGCAACACAAAGUCACCAGCAUCGGUCAGGAUGCAGACAAGGCUUGGGUGCUCGUGGAGACACCAGAAGGGCCAAAGAGAUUGGAAGCAGAUUAUAUUGUUGGAUGCGAUGGUGCCAACAGUCAGAUACGUCGCUCGUUGUUUGGCGAUUUGAACUUUCCAGGCAAAACAUGGGAUGAGCAGAUUGUUGCGACAAAUACAUACUACGACUUUGAGAAGUACGGCUACGAAGAUUCCAACUUUAUCAUACACCCUGAGCACUGGCACAUGGCUGCACGUAUCAGCAACGACGGCCUAUGGCGAGUCUCGUAUGGAGAAAUUCCAGGAUUGUCCCGUGACGAAAUUCUCGCCCGUCAACCUACAAAGUUCGAGCAAAUGUUGCCAGGACAUCCAAAACCGAACGAGUACAAGUUGGCAAGCAUUAACCCCUACAGGGUGCACCAGCGCCUAGCUGAGAAAAUGCGUGUGGGGCGAUUUUUGCUCGCUGCAGAUGCCGCUCACUUAUGUAACCCAUUUGGUGGACUUGGACUCACAGGCGGAAUUGUAGACGUCGGUGGGUUAUAUGAUUGCCUUGUUGGCAUACACGAGUGCAAAGCCGACCCGUCAAUUCUUGACAAGUACUCUAAUAUCCGCAGCCAAAAAUACAAGGAAAUGAUUGAUCCAAUUUCCAGCGAGAACAUUCGUCGACUAUUUGAUCAAGAUCCUGAUAAAGCAUUGGAGAAUGAUGAGUUUCUGAAGCUUUGUAAGAGAACUGCGACAGAUUCGGAGCUUUCCCGAACGGUUCAAAGGGGAGUUAAUGCUCUCAUGCAUGAUUUUACGAAAGAGUACAAUGUGGUCAAUGGCGUGGCUCAGCAUUAA